AAUUACCUCGGCGCCCUACGCGAAUGGGUAAAGCUCCAAGACUCAGCGGAAGAGGGUACAAAACUACUCUUUUCAAUCGUGGAUCUACACGCCUUAACUGUUCCGCAAGACGCGAAGCAAUUACGGACUUGGAGGCGGGAGGCUUUUGCGACGCUUUUGGCUGUUGGGUUGGAUCCGAAGAGGUCGACGAUCUUUUAUCAAUCUUCUGUACCGGCACAUACGGAGUUAAUGUGGAUUCUUAGUACGGUUGCUUCAAUGGGUUAUCUUUCGCGUAUGACGCAGUGGAAGAGCAAACUCCAACUUCCCGAGGAUGCAAGCCUCGAAGACUCAGAGGCCCGGGCACAACUACGUCUCGGCCUCUUCUCAUAUCCCGUGCUCCAGGCUGCGGACAUCCUCAUUCACCGAGCUACCCAUGUCCCAGUGGGAGAAGAUCAAAGACAACACCUUGAGUUUUCCCGAUACACCGCGAACAGUUUCAAUCACCUCUACGGUGACAUUUUUCCUACGCCGGAGGCACUCAUUUCCCCCGCCAAACGCGUAAUGUCCCUAAAAGAACCGCAAAACAAAAUGUCCAAAUCACACCCGGACCCAAAAUCCCGAAUCCUCCUCACAGACUCCGCCGCCGAGAUCCAGAAAAAGGUAAAAGUAGCCCUCACAGACUCGGAACCAAAAAUCAGCUACGACCCCACCAAUCGACCCGGUGUCUCUAAUCUAAUCGAGAUCCUGAGCCACUUUGAAGGAGUGACUUGUCAGGAGAUUGCCUCGGAGUACGAGACUGCUAGUCUUCGGUCAUUGAAGGAACAUGUUGGUAGUCGUAUUGCGGAUAGUCUGGCUGGGAUUCGUGAGAGAUAUCUUGGGAUUAUGGAUGAUAGGAGUGGGUAUCUUGAUUCUGUGGCGCGGGAGGGUGGGGAGGUUGCGCAGGGUAGUGCGGAUUUGACUAUGCGGAAGGUUAAGAGGGCGAUGGGGUUGGCUUGA